UGUUGUUGCAUAAAUACUUGUGUUUUCAUGAUGCGCAGUUCAUAAUUGCUGUUAUAAUUUCAUGUAACAAAUAUAACUUAAUUUGGUGUAAAGAUAAAAUGUAAUACAUGUUUAAGAACUAAAGGGUAGAAUAAGCUGCUAAAUGAUAUGUGGUUAACAGUGUAUCUAUCUCAUUCUGUAUAUUUACGUUUGUCCCGGAACUAAUGUUUUCUGUCUGUGUUACCGCUACAACGGUUUAAGUCGACACUCACUGCCUUGAAUUCCGGCGGAGCAGAUAGCUCCGAUGCUUGUUAAACUGCAUAAAAGUUAAAAAUGUGGUUUGAAGUUAAUACAGACGACCAAAUGGACAUUCAAGAGACUUCAAAGAACUUAGUAACCUCUUUUCACGACAAGCGGCCAACGAGUUCUCACGGCGUAUAAGGCAUAUACGACGUUCAAGGCGUACAUGGUGUGAAGCUGGAUGUACCAAAGAGACCCGAUGUGCCCACAGCAAUAAACGCCCGUUGCAAAGAACUGACCUGUGUCUGUGUUGUCGCGAAGAGAGCUACAGUGAGAACUCGACCUGCUCGGCGCGGGUAUGAGAGAAGACGAGAUUACGGCGGGUAACGACGUGAUGAAGAUCCAGCAUGUAAGAUAAGCAAAGCCCAGGACACACUGUCGACAUAGCUACCACAAGCAAAUGUUAUAAGACUUUGUUAAAAGGUGCGACUUUCCGUAUAAAGGCCAGAAAGAGCUCUACCAAAGCCAUCUUAAGUCAAGUGGUGUGAGAAGUGGUUUAACUUGGAAAUUGCAGUUAAGGAUUUAAGUCUAUUACCCUUGCAUACUGUUUAGCCUGUGUUUAAGAAAAUAUCUAAUGUGCUGGUAUUCAUGAUUGUUACAUGCAACAAAUCUAAAAGGAAGAAAGUUCAAGCCCCUUAAGCAAAUUAACACGUUUCAGUAAGGUUAAAGGAAAGUACAUUGUAAUUUAUUUUCUUUAUUUAUACUUUGAAAGGUAACAGAAGUUAAAGUAUAACUUAAGCUAAGUUUAAAGAGUAAUUUCAUUGAUGUUUUUUCAAUUUCAAGUGUAAAAACAAGUGUUUUGAUGCCUUUUGAGCAUAUUUAAUUCACAAUUAAGGUUUAUGUUAAUUAAGGUUUGUGUUUUGCCAAACUAAUUCCUAGUUUAAGCUAACUUGAAGUCUAAACAAGUUUAAAUACUGACACAGUUUGUGGUACAACAUUUACGUAUUCAGAGUUAGACUUCGCUCACUGUCUUCACACAUCUGUUAAGAUUCAAAUAAUUACUAAAAUUUCCUAGUUAAUCACACUUAGCCUACUGUAGCUUACACACAGCCCAAAAUGUCAAACUCAAGUCCUGAGACCUGUCAUGAGAAUAGAAAAUCAUCUGCUCAAGCCGAAACUAUAGACAUUGGAGCUACAGAAGAUGUAGAAAGGCUACGAAGAAGCGAAAGAACCCGAACCCUAACAGAAAAGGGAAAAGAAUUCGAAGAAGAAAAGCUAAAGAGCAUACAACGUCGGUAUAGAAUACUCUAUGAGAAGUGGAGGUAUCACGCAAGAACAAGCAAAGAAAUACUGAAUGAUGAGGCCUCCGAAGACGAAUUGUAUGAGCUAAUUGAGAACAUGAAAGCUACGUGUUCUGAUGUAAAGAUGGUUUACGAAGAAUUACGUAGAGUCCAAGCUCCUGAAGCAGAACUGCGACGUAGAGUAGACACAUGUAUAUCGCUGUCAGGAUUUAUCAUUCAAAAGGCAGAAAGGCAUCUUAAAGGCAUCACAACAGAAGAUCCCUGGCCUGAUGUUGGAUCGAUCCUGAACUCUACAUGUUCUCCAUCAAGACCACUGUCACAUCAAUCACAAUGUGGUUCUGUCAACUCUAGCUUCCACUCGCUUAAAAAACAUGAGGCUGCUGCCGAAGCUGCUGCAUCGCAGGAGGUUUUAGCGGUGUUGGAUGAACAAGAAAAGGAAAUGACAGAACUUCAAAGGUUAGAGGUUGAAGAUAAGCAACGACUGGCACAGUUUGAGUCUGAGAACCUUGCUAGACAGCAAGCGAUGCAAGAGCAGCGUAGAAAACUCGAACGUCUUGAAGAAGUGAAGAAACUGAAUGCCGCAAGAGCUCGAGUAAAGGUCUACGACCAAAUCGAAGAAAACUUCAAAGCGAUUGACUUGCCUCAUACUGUUGCAUUAGCAGGAGAACCUCAAACACUCUAUGCUUCAAGUCCCCCAUUCAUUCCUCCAUCUCUACCAGUCGCAUCACAAAUUCUCAAUGCCUCAAGUCCCCCAUUCAGUCCUCCAUCCCUACCAGUCGCAUCACAAACUCUUCUUGCCUCAAACACCCCGUUCAUUCCUCAAUCUCUUCCAGCUACAAUGCAAGCCCUUCAUAGUCCACAAAGCCUUCAACUGGUAUCUCAAGCCCCAUCAACUUUAGUGCCCAUACCUCAAGUGCAGAACAGCUCUGAUUUGGUCAACGUUCUAGCAGAAGCUAUAAGUGCUAAUCGUCUUCCAACUCCAGAGCCCUCAUUAUUCACUGGAGAUCCUUUGAAAUUCAAAGAUUGGCAAUUAUCCUUUGAAGCGCUAAUCAAUAGGAAAAACAUUCCAAAGAACGAAAAACUGUACUACCUUAGAAAGUACCUUGGUGGCGCUGCAAAGAAAGCUGUAGAAGGAUUUGUCCUACUAGGAACGGAAUCAGCAUACGACUCAGCCUGGCAGCUGCUGGAAAAGCGUUUCGGAGACCCUUUCGUGAUUGGGAAGUCCUUCAGAAACAAGCUGCACGCAUGGCCAAAAAUAAGCUCUAAGGAUGGGUUUGAACUAAGAGAAUUUGCAGACUUUCUUAGGAGCUGUGAAACAGCAAUGCCCUACAUUAGAACAUUGGAAGUUCUGAACGACUGCAAUGAGAGUCAAAAAAUCCUACUGAAAUUGCCUGACUGGUUGGUAUCCAGAUGGAAUCGCAAGGCAAUGGAAGUCAGACAAACAAGAGCUGAGUAUCCACCGUUCAAAGAGUUCGUAGAAUUUCUGUCGAAGGAAGCAGAUCUUGCUUGUGAUCCCAUAUCUUCGGUACAGGCGCUGAAGAAUGUGGAAAGUGAGAAACCAAGGUACCCACGAAACCAACCCAUACAAGCUAAAACACUGUCUACAAACACAACAGAGAGCAGCAUUCCAUCGUGUGGUUUCUGCAAAAGAACAGGGCAUGUUCUCGCCAAGUGUAGAAGGUUCCUUGAAAAGACAGUUCAAGAGCGCGUCAAGUUUGUACAGGUGGAGAAGCUUUGCUUUGGAUGUCUAAAGGCUGGUCAUCAUUCGAGAAGAUGUGAUAACAAGAACACAUGCGAAAGGUGCCAGAGGAGACAUCCAACAUGUUUGCACGAUGACAAGGUCAGUGAACGUCAAAGGUCAUCACCUCUAAAGGGAGAAGAACACUUAAAGUACAAGGCAAACAUCAAAGAGAUGACUGCAACUGCAACCACAAACAGAGUCGUACAAGACGGCGUAAGCACACAAACCUCUUCAAUUGUUCCUGUCUGGAUCUCAUCCACAAAACGACCAGAUCAAGAAGUUCUUGUCUAUGCGCUCCUAGACACACAGAGCGACACAACCUUUAUUCUAGAUGAAGUGGCCCAGGAGCUCAACACAAACAAAGAAAAUGUCAGUUUGCGACUAUCCACAAUGUCUACAAGGUCGACAGUCAUACCCUGUCAAAAGCUAACAAACCUGCAAGUGAGAGGAUACAACUUAGAGAAAAGGAUUCCAUUACCAUCACUUUUCACACGAGAGUUUAUCCCAGCCGACAGAUCGCACAUUCCAACCUCUGAAACAGCACUAAAAUGGCCUCAUCUGGAACAAUUAGCAGACAAGAUUCCACCACCAUUGGACUGCGAAGUAGGCCUAUUGAUUGGUUAUAACUGUCAGCAAGCUCUUCUACCAAGGGAAAUCCUGGCGGGCAAAGAGAACCAUCCAUACGCGCAGAGAACUGAUCUCGGCUGGAGCAUAGUCGGCUGCUCAAAUCUAGAAAGUGACUGCAGUGAUGCAAUAGGAACCAGUCAUAGAAUCAUAGUGCGACAGGUGACGCCUGCAGUGCAUCAAUCAGUUGAGUUAAAGAGAGAAGUACACUUUGCCUGCAGAACUCAGGUCAAAGAGAUUAGUCCAACAGACAUCAUCAAGGUUCUCGAAUUCGAUUUCGCAGAUCACACUACGGAUGACAACCUCGUUUCUCAGGAAGACCUUCUUUUCUUGUCCAAGGUAGAGAAGGGUAUAAAGCACAAGGAAGACGGCCACUACGAACUACCACUUCCUUUCAAGACGGACAAACCUAAUCUCCCAGACAAUAAGCAAUGUGCUGUUCGAAGGCUCGCCUCUUUAGAGCGAAAGUUGAGAAAAAAUGAGCAGUAUAACAAGGAUUAUGUCCGUUUCAUGAAUGACAUAAUAACUCUAGGAGAUGCUGAGAAGGUCCCAUGGAAUGAACUCGAUAAUCAAUCAGUGUGGUACAUUCCGCACCAUGGAGUCUAUCACCCCCACAAACCUGGGAAGAUCCGUGUCGUUUUCGACUGUUCAGCACGUUUCCAAGAAACCUCUCUAAAUGAUCAUCUUCUGACCGGGCCAGAUCUGACCAACACAUUAGUCGGAGUACUAUUUCGAUUUAGAAAGGGUCCAAUAGCCAUUAUGUGCGACAUUGAAAGAAUGUUUCAUCAAUUUCAUGUCGCAAAGGAACACCAAGACUACUUAAGAUUCCUCUGGUGGGACAAAGGCGAUCUGGACUCGAAACCCUCAGUGUACAGAAUGAAAGUGCACUUGUUUGGAGCAGCAUCGUCCCCUGGCUGCUCCAACUUUGGACUCAAACAUCUGGCAUCUCAGGGUCAUGGAAUGUUCAGCGAGGAGUCCAUCAAGUUCAUCCAAAGAAGCUUCUAUGUUGACGAUGGCUUAAUAAGCGUAAAAACAAUCGAUGAAGCCAUUCAUCUGGUGGAAGAGUCUAGAGCCUUGUGCAGAACAGGAAAUCUUCGGCUGCACAAGUUUGUGUCCAAUGAAAAGGAAGUAACCGCCGCAAUACCACCAGAAGAACGUGCACAGACCAAAGAUCAAGAUAUGGCCUUAGGAGAAUUUCACAUCGAGCGAGCACUUGGAGUUCAGUGGUGCAUCGAAACUGAUGAAUUCAAAUUCAGAGUCGUGGUUAAAGAGAGCCCACUGACAAGAAGAGGAGUUCUCUCUACAGUCGCCUCUGUCUACGAUCCGUUAGGGUUUGUAGCCCCCUUUAUAUUAGUCGGCAAACAGAUCCUGCAAGAGCUAUGUAGAGAAAAGGUAGGCUGGGAUGAAGAUCUUCCCGAACACAUUCUGCCAAGAUGGGAGUUAUGGCUUAAGGAUUUGCCACACCUGGCAGCACUGAAUGUUCCAAGAAGUUACCUUCCAUCACAUUUUGACUCAGUCAUGCGUUAUGAGUUACACAACUUUUCAGAUGCAAGUCUCAAUGGAUACGGUGCAUGUUCUUAUCUCCGAGCAAUAAGUGAAACAGGACAGAUCAGUUGUUCACUUGUCAUGGGGAAGGCAAGAGUAGCCCCUACCAAGCUAACGACCAUCCCGAGACUUGAAUUGUCAUCAGCUGUGACUUCAGUGCGCAACGGCGAUGUUGUAAAAAGGGAGCUUGAGAUUGAGAACUUAGAAGAGUAUUACUGGACUGAUUCGAAGGUGGUUCUUGGCUAUGUGAACAAUGAUGCAAAGAGGUUCCACACAUUCGUAGCCAAUCGGAUCCAACGUAUAAGAGCUAGCACGAAUCCUGAACAAUGGCGACAUGUCAGCUCUGGAAAUAAUCCAGCCGACCAUGCCUCAAGAGGACUGACUUCGGUUCAGUUGAAGGAGUCGAACUGGCUGAAAGGACCUGACUUUCUUUGGCAGCAGAAUCUUCCAUGUAAAGAGGAAAUGGUGGGAGAAGUUGAAAUGACCGAUCCUGAGCUUCGCAAAGCCCAUGUUCAUGCAGUCAAGAUGAAAGAGGUGAAUUCACUGGUGAAGCGCUUUACAAAGUUUUCGGACUGGUCCAGAGCAGUGAGAGCGGCUGCUAGGCUAAAGAGAUUCAUCAGAGAAUUCAAAGGACAUCAGCCAAGAACAAAGGAAGCAACUAGCCUUGAAGAAAGAAGAGAAGCCGAAAUCUUUAUUAUCAAGCUGGUGCAAGAAGAAGCUUUUGCUGAAGACAUUCAGAAAAUCAAGCUCCAGAAAGAAAACACCCUGAACAAGCGUAACAAGUUACGCCAGCUGAAUGCCUUCUUGGAUAAGGACAAUGUUCUCAGAGUGGGAGGACGAUUAUCUCGAUCAGCCUUACACCAUGACGUAAAACAUCCGGCAAUACUUCCGAAGAAAUCUCAUGUGUCAGCCCUUCUAGUCAAACACUAUCACGAGCGUGUACAUCACCAAGGAAGAGGCAUGACCAUGAACGAGCUGCGCGCAAAUGGAAUAUGGAUUCUUGGUUGCGGAAGUGCUGUCUCCUCACACAUUUAUAAAUGCGUAACUUGCAGGAGAUACAGAAGAGCCACAGAAGUCCAAAAAAUGGCAGAUCUCCCGGAAGAGAGAACAGAAAUGUCCCCUCCUUUUACCUAUUGCGGACUCGAUUGCUUUGGCCCCUUCAUCGUAAAGGAAGGAAGGAAAGAGUUGAAACGCUAUGGAUUGUUGUUUACUUGCUUAUGCUCCAGAGCAGUACAUAUAGAAACACUAGACGACUUAACAACAGACGCUUUCAUGAACGCGCUUCGAACAUUUGUAGCUAUUAGAGGACCUGUGCGUCAAUUGAGAUGCGAUCAGGGAACAAAUUUCAUGGGUGCCAGGAGACUGUUUUCUGAAUUGCUUAAAGGAAUUGACCAAGAACGUCAACGAGCAUUCGGUUGCGAAUUUGUAACGAACGUCCCAUCAGCAAGUCAUAUGGGUGGAGUUUGGGAGCGUCAAAUUCGAACUAUCCGAAGCAUCUUAACCGUUAUGCUCGACAAAUCCGCAAGCAGACUUGACACCACAUCGCUGAGAACGUUUCUCUACGAAACAAUGGCUAUAAUCAACAGCAGACCGUUAAGUGUUGAACAUCUUCAUGAUCCCAAUGGACCAGAACCUCUCACACCCAACCAUAUUCUAACGAUGAAAUCAUCAGUUAUUCUGCCCCCUCCCGGGCAGUUUUGCAAAGAAGAUCUCUAUUUGCGCAAACGUUGGAGAAGAGUGCAGUUCUUAGCUGAUGAAUUCUGGCAAAGAUGGAAGCGGGAAUACUUGCUAAACCUUCAACAACGACAGAAAUGGCAAAGAACAACACGGAAUUCACAAGUGGAUGACAUUGUGAUUCUACAAGAUGACAGCUCUCCAAGAAACGAAUGGAAGCUUGCCAGGGUCGUAGAAGUUCACCCUAGUGCAGACAGUAUGGUGCGGAAGUUGAAGCUACUAGUCGGAGACACUACUGAUAAAGGACAGCCACUAACUAAAAGAAUCUACCUCGAAAGGCCCAUUCACAAAGUAGUUACCUUACUUGAAUCUAACUGAGUCACAUACACAAGAUUACAUUCAUUCAGUCUUACAACACCUUUAAUUGACCUUCCACGUAUAGAAAUCCUACAUUUCAAGUUAAUUAGGGAUUUGGUGGGAGUGUAAGUGUUGUUGCAUAAAUACUUGUGUUUUCAUGAUGCGCAGUUCAUAAUUGCUGUUAUAAUUUCAUGUAACAAAUAUAACUUAAUUUGGUGUAAAGAUAAAAUGUAAUACAUGUUUAAGAACUAAAGGGUAGAAUAAGCUGCUAAAUGAUAUGUGGUUAACAGUGUAUCUAUCUCAUUCUGUAUAUUUACGUUUGUCCCGGAACUAAUGUUUUCUGUCUGUGUUACCGCUACAACGGUUUAAGUCGACACUCACUGCCUUGAAUUCCGGCGGAGCAGAUAGCUCCGAUGCUUGUUAAACUGCAUAAAAGUUAAAAAUGUGGUUUGAAGUUAAUACAGACGACCAAAUGGACAUUCAAGAGACUUCAAAGAACUUAGUAACCUCUUUUCACGACAAGCGGCCAACGAGUUCUCACGGCGUAUAAGGCAUAUACGACGUUCAAGGCGUACAUGGUGUGAAGCUGGAUGUACCAAAGAGACCCGAUGUGCCCACAGCAAUAAACGCCCGUUGCAAAGAAC